AUGAAAACUGCCCUCCGAGCUCUGCGACUCCAUCUUCCGGAGGCUCCUGUCAAUGCACGCGGGGCCCGGCGCAGUGCCUCAAGGUACGCCUUGACAGGCCCCCUUUUCGAGACCGCCACCUACCGCGGAACCUUCUUGCCGUUUCCUGAGGCCCGGAGCCUUCCUGGGCACGUCUACCAUGAUCCUGACUGGCAUGCCGCUGAGCUGCGCCGCCUGCUUCAGCCAUCCUGGGUGCUGGCGGGCCGCGUGGACGAGCUGAAGAGGCCGGGCAGCUACAUGACGCUGUCCUUGCCAGGGGCCGGCAGCGCCAUCAUCGUCAAGGGAAAGGACGGCCAGGUGCGGGCUUGGGCCAACGUGUGCCCACAUCGCGGGGCCACCCUCCUGAAGUCGGAGUCGGGUCACCUGAAGGCGGGCAUCGUCUGCCCUUACCAUGCCUGGACCUUCGACGGCACCAGCGGCGCGCUGCGCAGCGUGACCAAGCCCGACUGCAUGCCCCCGUGUUUCAACAAGGAGGACUGGCCCCUCCAAGCCUUGCGGCUGGAAGCAUACCGCGGCUUCCUCUUCGUGACGGCCUCGGACUCCGCGCCGGCCCUGCAAGCGAGCCUUGGCAACAUCGACGUGGCACUUGGAGACUGGCCGCUGGAGGACUUUGUGACGGUUGGCCGCGCGGAGUAUCACGUGGAGUGCAACUGGAAGUUCCUGAUGCAGAAUACAUCAGAGACCUACCACACCUCCUAUGUCCACCGCACCUCACUGGGUCCGAUGGCAUCAGAACCCAUCGCGAAGUUCCUCGGCGUGGAGCCUUGCGGCAGCUGGGAUGCAGUGCACGUGCCCGGGGACCGAUCGGUUGUGCCAAUGCCGGGUGAGCCCGCGCCGUUCCCAGAGCUCCGCACACGUGCAUGCACCUACUUCGUGUCCUUGUUCCCGACGCUACAGCUCAACGUGACCCGUGACUGUGCGUGGUGGAUGCGGGUGCUCCCCACGAGCGCCACCACGUCGUGCGUGACGCAGGGCUUCCUCUUCCCAGCCUCAACAGCAGAGAUGCCAAGCUUCCGGGAUCUGCUGCAGCCCUACUUGAGGCGAUGGGACAUCGCCGUGCGGGAGGACAACGACAUCUCGCUAAAUCAGCAGAAGGCGUGUCAGAGCCCCCAGCACCGCCCAGGGCCGUACCAUGGCCUGGAGUUUGCCGUGCACCGCUUCGACAAGAUGGUGGUGGAGGCUGUGUUGGGAGAGACUGUUUCCUGCGAGUCCCGCGGGGAUGGCCAGCAGCCUCUCGCGUCAUCGCCUUCGUCUUCCCCUUCCUUCGGCACCGCCCGCGCUUCGCUGAUGGCCCAAGGGACUGAAAGGACGAGCCAGGGGUCGCGGCGCGCAUCAAGCAGCCGUGCGGGGUCGCCCGCACUGAGCCCUGGCGACACGGUGUGCGUGACGGGUGCCACGGGCUUCAUUGCCCUGCAUCUUGUCGAGCAGCUCCUUCGGGCUGGGUUCGGUGUGACGGCGACAGUGAGGAGCCGCAGCGAGGUGAAGCUGGCGCCCCUCUGGGACUUAGCUGCGCUUGGCCCGCUGAAGAUCCUCCCUGGAUGUGACCUCCUGACCCCGGGCAGCUUUGACGAAGCCGUGGCCGAUGCUUCGGUCUGCUUCCACAUGGCCUCGCCCUUCUGGAUGGACGACCGGAUAACAGACCCACUCUCGCAGCUGGUGGCUCCGGCCGAGAGGGGGACGGUGAAUGUGCUGGAUUCGUGUUCUAAGGCCGGAGUGCGCCGCGUGGUGCUGACCUCCUCCUUUGCUGCCGUCAUGAACGUCGGCGGGCGCAUCCCCUGGGCUCCGGAUUUCCACUACAGCGAGGAGCGUGGUAAUGAGCACUGGAAUGUCUCAUCGGAGCCCGAUGGUGAUGGCGCCUUCCCGGAGCCGGCCAAUGCCCACGCCUACCGGUGGUCGAAGACCGUGGCCGAGAGGGCAGCCUGGGCGCACCCGGGGACGGCCGCGGGCACCUUCGACGUGGUGACGAUUCUGCCUCCAAUGGUGCUUGGCGAGAACAAGCAAAUCCUGAGUUCUCCCCAGGACCUGAACCAGAGUUCACUGAUCCUGUACAACCUCUUGGCCGGAAACAUGAAGCACGUGCCACCCGGCUCCGUCGGCUUCGUGGACGUGGCGGAUGUCGCCAAGGCCCACUUGCUUGCGGCGCAGACGCCUGGAGCGGGCGGCCAUCGGUACUUGUGCAGCGGGGAGACGAGGACGUGGUUGGAGAUCACCGAGAUCCUGCGGGCGCUGUACCCCUCCGCGCCUCUGCCCACCACCUGCGCGGACGGCUCCACGACGCAGCCAUGCCUGCUGCUUAGGAACGACAAGAUCGUGGCGGAUCUGGGCAUGGAGUUCGCCCCUUUGACGCGGACGCUGCAGGCUCAAUGUUCAGCCCUGGUCCGCGCCGGGCUGCUGCAACUGUAG